AUGAGCGAUAUUGAAGAUCAAGCUAAAACGCCCACCCAAGAAUCAUUCUCCAGCGAUCCCACUACCAAUCAAUCAGAUGCUGGACGGCCUAACCUUUCGCUGGACUUGUACACUAUCAACGAGAUUGGUGAGUCAUUAGAUCCAAGGUACACCUUCAUCAUAGACCCUGUAAAAGAUCCCCAUCUGGAGAUGACAGUGAACAUCAACGGAUCAUCAUUCGACGCCAGCUCGAACAGGUGGAAAGAGGUAGAUCACGAAUUUGUUUCCAGAGUGAAUGAGGAUUUCUAUGAAGAUAUAUUGAAUAAACAGCACACUGUGCCAGAAAACGAGUCGAGGAUUCAGGAAAAGGUCAAAACAGCAAAAUUCCUCUCUGAUCAUCCUGGUGAACUAUGGCAAACUACCUUGAGGGACAACCUAUCGAACAAAGACCGGAAGAGGAGAUGGGCAGACUGGUUGGUGAAGCAUGUCAAUCGAUCGGCGGAAUUGGCAAAAGAACAGAUGAAUGAUGAGUUUGACGAUUUUGACGAGUAUUGGAAUAUACGAAUCCAAGGUCAGCUCAAACAACCCACAAAGAAUAGUUUUUGA